AGAAUUGGAGGCACGGUCAUCUUCAUCGUUACGCUCAUCGUUCGCCAGCCAAAGGAUCUUUCGCAAACUCUCUACCCAGACUUUUGUCUGACCUCCAUUUAACCCUUCCUCGAGAGCCCCUGUGCUCGCCGUUCCGUAUCUCUCGCCUGACUGUGUACGCCAUAAUCCGAAUAUGCUCCCGGCCAAAAGGAACAAGGUCGACAUUAGCAAAUUGACGGAAGAAGAGCAGAAGCUCUUUCGUCUCUAUGGCAAGCUGCCCUCGCACAAGAAUGUCUUGACCAAGAUGCAAAAGGAUCGGAAGUACUUCGACUCUGGGGACUACGCACUCUCGAAAGCCGGAAAAGCUCCUCAGAAUACAGUGGGCACUGCUAUUCCUAACCCGGAGAAUAUUCCUCAUGCAACCACCCCUCCGGUGAACCACUCUCUUUCCGUCUCACCCACAAUCUCGUCAAGUCCUGUGAAGGAGAGCCCGCUCGCGGAGCCAGCUUCUGACCUCGAACUCACACCCGAGCCAACCAAUGCUCCCGUUGGCGAUUCCUCAGAUUGAGAUGGAUGUCAUCCAUUCGGAUGAUCGUCCUGUUGGAGAGUAGGGUUUGGAUUUGAACACGAAUGUGGAUGCAUGUUGCAUGAUAUCGUUUUUUUUUCGAACGUCACCGCGUUUUCGACCCCUUCUUCUCUUGCCUUCCAUCCACGCCCCUUUUGCCAUCUCUCGCAACGCACCUCUCAAUGUUAUCUACGAUACUUUGCCUUUCGAAGCUAGCCUUACCUGUACGUUGCUAGUUUCUCCCGUUUCACUUUGUACCAAGGCAGCUUCGACGUGUAUCAUUAUAAUGAUUCUCUUGCUCACCCGGAUUCCGUUCAUUAGCUUUCCCACACACAGGCAUACACAUCUGUCGCAAUAUAACGUCUUUGAAACAUGAUAUCCGGGGCAUAACUGUUUAUUUGGU